AUGACCUCGAGCCAAAGCACGUUGAAGGCCAUUGUGGCGAACUUUCCACGGCCCAACGAAGGCUUCGUUUCGGAGCCCGCAAGUUGGGGUAGCUUGGGUCACCCCGAACUCUGCCACCGGCCCUGCGUGUACAUCCUGAAAGGGAGCGUGUGUCGGUACGGUGCUUCUUGUCAAUUCUGUCACCACGGCCCCGGUCAGCACUCUCCGAUGCCGAAGCUGGACCAGGAACAGAGGGCUCGUCUUCAAGGUCUGAGCGAGGAGGACAGAGUUUCUUUGUUGAUCCCCCACAUCCGGGAGAAAGCUCUAGCGGCCGGGCUGCCUGAAGAGGUCGAAGACUUCAUCUGUGUCUUGAAGAAGAAUUCAAACCAGACUUCUCACAUCGAGCCUUACGAUGACGAUCAUCGCAGAAAGAACAUACCUCGCAAAGAAUUCUGCCGGCUCAAGAAGACCCUGCGCAACAUGAACUUGACGGCUUUGAUCAAGCUCCUGGAUCCGCUCUUGCCCACAGAGGAUGAGGAGUUGGCCACAAGCUUCCAGAAGCUGUUGGUGAAGUUCGAACUCUGA